UUAUACCGUGCUCGCUCUCUCACUCUCUCUCUCUUGCAAGGUGGGGCUGUCUACAUUUCUCUCCCACACUUUCUCAGUGUAGUUUCAGUGCACUGUUCAUUUCGUUUAGCAGAUAAUACUUGAGUGUUAUCAGCUAGAGAGAUCUGAAGGUUUCAUGCUACUGCAUUUGCUGAUCUUGUGGACCUUUUGGGGUAGUUCAAGUGGUUCAUCUUCUGUCUGCUGUCUCUGCUUCUCUAGGGUUAUUAGAUUCAUGCAUUUUGUGGGUUUGUUGAUUCUCUGAGUCCUAAGAAAGGGGUUUAAAGCCAGUUUGUUUGCUUAAGAGAAACACUAUUACCAUCUCUUCUUUUUGUGUUCAUGCAAAGUAGAUCUAAAGAUUUAAAUCAAAGACACUCUCACUCCUCCAAGUGUUAAAGAGUUCCAUGGAUUUCUUGAAAGUGAGGAAAUUUCGGAAGUCGAGGAAGACAAACCUAGAAAAAGAGCAAGAACAAGCAAGGAGUGAGAACAAUGCAUCUGUUGUGACAGCUUCAGGAAAAGCAGAUGAGGUAGAAGACGAGGAAGAAGACGAUGAUUUCAUCACCAAUGAGGUUAAGAGAAGGAUUAAGGAGCUAAGGAGAAACAGUUUCAUGGUCUUGAUACCUGAAGAAGACGAAGAAGGAGAGCAAGAAGAGGAGGAAGAAGAGUCUUAUCUAGGUGAAGACGAAGGAGAAGACAAAUGUUCAAGUGUCUGGAGAGACGUGGUCGCUGAAGGACUUCAAUGGUGGGGUGGUUUCGAUGCUGUCUACGAAAAGUAUUGCGAGCGUAUGCUCUUCUUCGAUCGCUUAACCUCUCACCAGCUCAAAGAGAUUGUUGCUCCGAGUCCUUCAACUCCAUCGCCAAGAUCCGCAUCCAAGAAGCUCUCAUCGCUGCCUUUUCGAUGUCUUUCUCUGAAGAAAAUGGACGUUCCUGAUGAGGAGGAGGAGGAAGAAGGUAUAGAGCAUUUGCAGCAGACGGAGUCUGACCCUUGUAAAGAUCUCGAGACAGCUUACGUCGCUCAGCUCUGCCUCACUUGGGAGGCGCUUCACUGUCAGUACACUCAGCUGAGCCACUUGAUCUCAUGCCAACCCGACACCCUGACUUGCUACAACCACACUGCGCAGCAGUUUCAGCAGUUCCUGGUCUUGCUGCAGAGGUAUAUAGAGAAUGAACCGUUUGAGGAGCAUGGCUCUAGAGCUGAGCUUUAUGCUCGUGCUAGAAACGCAAUGCCUAAGCUUCUUCAAGCUCCCAAGAUUCAAGGGUCAGAUAAGGAGAAAGAUACAGACUACAUGGUCCUAGCUGAUGAUCUCAUCAGAAUCAUCGAGAGCUCCAUCCUUACUUUCAACGUUUUCUUGAAAAUGGAUAAGAAGAAACCAAAUGGGAUCAUUCACAUGUUUGGGAACAACAAUAACCAUAUCAGUUCUACAACACCUUUGCAACUUGUUCAGUCAUCUAUUGAAAAGAAGAGGGUGAAAGCAAAAGAGCUUUCUAAGAAAACAAAAGGGUUGAGAAAGAAAGCUUGGCCACAAACAUGGGAAGGUGUUCAGCUCUUGUUUGCAGCCAUUGACAUCAAACUAGCAACAAGGGUUCUUAGAAUGGGGAGAAUCAGUAAAGAGCAGCUUCUAUGGUGUGAAGAGAAGAUGAAAAAACUCAGCUUCUCUGGUGGGAAGCUUCAAAGACACCCAUCUCCACUUCUUUUCCCUUGUUGAUAAAUAAUAAUAAAUGAUGAUGAUACACACAAUGAUUUUAUAUUCAGUCUUAUGUCAACUGCUCCCUUCUUUUUUUUUUUGUAGACAUAUCAGUGAAGUGAGAUUGUGAUUGUGUGUUCCCUA